GGGGCCGGCUGAGCGCAGCCGCCGGCUCCGCCCCGCGGGGUAGGGAGCCCGGUCGGGGACACGGCGGUGGAGGGAGGCAGGGAGGGAAGGAAGGAGGCAGCGCAGCGCCCAGCACAGCCCAGCCCAGCCGAGCCCAGCAGAUCCUGUAAGUGAAAGAAGAUGGGGUCCGGCUGCCUGAAAGUCACUAAGUACUUCCUCUUUCUCUUCAACCUCCUGUUCCUGAUCCUGGGCGCUGUGAUCCUGGGUUUUGGAAUAUGGAUUUUGGCUGACAAAACCAGUUUCAUUGCGGUUCUACAGACCUCAUCUCCCUCCCUGAAGAGUGGUGCAUACGUCCUCAUCGGUGUUGGCGCUCUCACCAUGCUGAUGGGCUUCCUGGGCUGUCUUGGAGCUGUCAAUGAAAUCCGAUGUCUCUUGGCUCUGUACUUCACCUGCCUCAUGGUGAUCCUCAUAACUCAGGUGGCUGCUGGGCUGGUUAUCUACUUCCAGAAAGAAGCGCUGAAAGACGAGUUGUCCAAGAUAGUCCAACAGCUGAUUGUAGAUUAUGACCCUUUGAAUGGUGAUAAGAACUUACAAGACGCAUGGGACUAUGUGCAGAAACAGAUCUCCUGCUGUGGCUGGGAUGGAGCAAAGGACUGGGAAAAUAAUAAAAUUCAAAACGAAAGCAUGCUUCUGUAUCCCUGCUCCUGCAGUGUCAACGUGAAACCUGAAAAUACAGGUUUCUGUAACCUGGAUGGCCCAUCGAACAGCACUGCACCGUAUGCCUGGCCUGUUCAUGAGCAGGGUUGCAUGGAUGAGGUACAGAAGUGGUUGAAGGACAACCUUGGUAUCAUUCUUGGGGUCUGCACAGGUGUUGCUGUUAUAGAGCUCCUGGGGAUGAUACUGUCCAUUUCACUCUGCAAGAACAUACACAGUGAAGACUACACCAAAGUGCCCAAGUCUUGAGUUUGCUGACUCCAGAGCUACGGCACCACAGAGAAAGGAACAAACAGAACAUUCCUGCCUCGCACCCAGACUGUCCAACCAUUGACCAUUAUUCCUGUGACAUCCUAUUUCUGAUACCACUCUGCUAAGAACUAUUAGAGUUGCAAUACAGCCUGAUCUUCUGGCAUAGGGCCCUUGGGCUACCUGCAUCCUGCCUCUGGAUUAUUUCUACUUCAUGAAGCAGAACUUAAUUGUCUCACAUCACAUGAGACACCUGAUUAACCUGAGGGGACAAUGCUUUUGCUGCCUGCUCCAUGUUAAAUAUCCUAUUCAUAUCUCAAUUCUACAAUCCACUUGGCCUAACAUACAAUAACUAUUCCCCCUUCCUAUUCUCCCACAUCUUUCCCUUCUCCCCCAAAAGAAAUACUUUUCUUUUGUCCCAUGAGUCAGGAUUGCUGUUGAGAUUCCAGUGCUUUGGUAUCUUUACCUGCUUCACUGAUGUGGUGGUGGUAACUAGUUGUGCUUUAUAGGCCUUGUUCCUUGUGAUUAACCUGAUUCUGCUUCUACUGUGCAUCUUCCGAGCUAGACUCUCAUCUCAGCUAUUGAGCACUACCCUCAUAAUCACUUCUCCUGCGUCUGGAGCCCGCCAAGCCUUGCCUUCAGUGGAGCUCUUCCCUUUUGAGUGUGACGAGCCACUGGGAGAGAGCCAAGCCAACCUGUUCCUGGUGCGGCCUGGCAGAUUGCGGUGGUGGUGCUCAGCUGCUUUUGGAAUGGGUCCCAUGGGUUCUGGGUCUGAUGCUUACAGUUUCUCCCAUCUGCCUCUCUUUUUCUUCCUCCACUUCUAGCACUGCUUUUCAGGCUCCUGUCAGCCUGGAGGCACUUCAGAGACUGCUGCAUGGUGUAGACUCAGCCCCAGGCUGGCUCUGCUAGUUGCAUUCUUGGGUUUCCAACUUUUGUAGAGGUUAUGGUUAACUGGAUUCUUCCCCCCCACCCCUGUUAUGAACAUGAAGUGUUAACUGUUUUUUAAUAAUGAGUAUGGAGGGAUCUGACUGGAUUGCAGGCAUUGUAUAUUGGAGAUAUCACUGCUACCAGUGCCCAGUUUAGGUUCUGUAGUUUGGAUGCAAGGAUAAACUGCUUUUAUUUUCAGUUGUCCAGUCUUCUGACUCCACUGUGGUCUGGAGCCAUGACUGCUAGUGGCUGGCCUUGAGCGUAAACACUGCAGCAGAGAAAGAGCUGGUUUUACAUUCGUGCAGGCUGGGUGGUUUGUGUACUUCACGGCUGGGCUGUUCACUCCUUUCUGCCAGUGGCCAGCAGCAAGGAGUGGUGUAGAGCACAAGAAAGUUAAGAAAUGUGCAUGGAAGAACUACCCCAACUUCUUAAAUAAGGGAGCUGGGCAGAAAUCCUCAGUCCUCGAGGUGGCUUGGGCACAACAGAUCUCCUGCAGUUGCAUAUGCAUGCAAUAAAUACCUUGGCAGCAGGAAGCUGCGAAGGAGAGAAGUGGAUGGUCCUUGCCCGAGACUUGAUGCAAGGUAUGUGGUGAAGAGAGCCUUUGCCUUACAGAAAUGGUCCCAGGACAGUCAGUCCUGUUCUUGUCAGGGCUGGGGUUGGUAGGAAUAGCCCUAGUAGCAGUUCAAAGGCAUGGCUUCCCUACCCACUCAACUUCCCUUCUAGCAAGAAAGGCCCGUGCAGGGGAACAGAGCCCCAGCAGUGGGUCCCUGCAGUGUCCUUAUGUCUGGACUCAGUGGUGACUGGGAAGAGUAGAUAUGACUGGGCAACUGAUUUUUAUUUUUUUUUUUUGGAGGUCUGAUAAGGCUUUGCUAUUCUGAGGCCCCUGCCCUCUCUUGCACAGACCCUUCCAGCUGACCUUUGCUAUAGCAGAAGGCACCUUUCGUAGCAGUAAAGCUUGCUAGCUUCCAUAGUAUAAAGUCUAUUCUCUAACGUGUUCUUACUUGUAAGAUUCUUGUUAAGUUACAGAUGCCAAUGCUGAGCAGCAAGUAAAAAGAAGCCCAUGCUGGGUUUCCUAUUUUUGUUUUUUGUCUGUUUUUAGCAACAUCUUCCGACUGGAAGAAAUGCAUGUACAGAUGUAAAAGUCUAGAGGGUGAUUAUUUCUGUAAUAAAGACUUUGCUAAAAAAAAAAAAAAAAAAUACUCUGGCUAA